AUGGAAUCUUGGAGACCAAAGUAUCGAAAAUCAGGCAAAUCCAAGGCCAAUGCACCCUGCAAAAAGCAUCCUAAACACCGUCAAUCCCCCGGUGUAUGCUCUAUUUGUCUAAGCGAGAAACUCUCUCAGCUGUCCACCAAUUCUUCAUCGCGUAGUAAAAUACCAUCUUCGUCAUCUUCAUAUUUAUCGUCUUUGUCUUCGUCCUCAAAUAUAUCUUCGUACUCAUCUCCUGUGACUGGGAGUAUUUUUCGUAUGGCCUCGGUAGCAAGAGGACCGAUGAGUUCUUUGAAGAGUACUGGCAAAAAUAUGCUUAAAAAGAGCAGAUCAAUGGCUUUCAUCUUUCAAAGGAGAAAAGAAGAGAAUAAUGGGAAGAAUAAAAGCGGAUUUUGGUCGAAAUUGCUGCAUCCAAGAAGUAAGGGCUUGAUGCACUCAAGAACUAUGAGAGAAAGGGUCGUCACUGAAGCUCAGUAA